GUCUGGCACGCCCCCACGUUGCUGCGCAUGCGCCGGAAGUUGCUGCCGCAGACAGCAGCAGCAGUGAUUCGGCGGCGCAGGCAACGGGAGAAAAUCGGUCCGUUUAACCAUGGCGACGUACUAAACGAUGGCUUUCGCAGAGUUAAACGGAGAUGUGAGGAGAAGUGCGUGUCCCAUGUUGCAUUAGUGUCUGUGUGAAAUGCUGGCCUGUCUGCCACGGCCAGGUGACCUCCCCAUCCAGCUUCUCCCCCACACGCAGAUGAACACUGGACAUCAGAAAUGGGACACCACGCAAAGGAUGAGAUCCGCUCCGUUUCCAACCCCUGCAGAAUUGGAUGCCUUUGCUAAGAAGGUUGCCAACAAUCCCCUCACCAUCAAGAUUUUCCCCAACAGCGUCAAGGUCCCCCAGCGGAACCACGUGCGCCGCACGGUUAACGGGCUGGAUACGUCGGGGCAGCGCUACAGCCCGUACCCUUCCGCUCAGGCCACUGCCAAGACGGGCCUCCUCGCCAUCAUCAAGGUGCCCACAGUCAAAGGCAUCCUAAAAGAUUUUGACGGCAGCCGGGCUUGCCUGCACUCCGACGUCAUCAUGAACCCCUCUAGCAGACCUUACCACGUGGCCUCGACCAGCACUUUAAACCACCACCCGGCUCUGCCCCGGCUCCAGCAGAGCGUACCCCUUCCGCCGCAGGACCCACCUCAGACUCUACAGAUGCCCCUCCAGCAACAACAGGGUCACACCCAGAGCCUCAGACACCCUGCCCACGUGGCCCAGCACCCUCAGGGUCCACCCAGACUCCAGACUCUGUCUCAGAUCCCGGCCCUUGGUCUCCCACAGGGGCCCCCUACCGUCAUGCUUCAGCAGCAGCAGCAGCAGCAGCAGCCACCACCCGGCCUGCAGGGGAGCAGAAAGCUGCCAGAUGGCGACGCACCGCCUAAUGUUACCGUCUCUACCUCAACCAUUCCACUCUCCAUGGUCGCCGGCCUGCACCAGGGCCGCCAGGCUGACCUGAGCACCAUUGUGCAUCAGAUCAACCAGUUCUGCCAAGCCCGGGCCCAUGGCGUGGGAGCCAACUCCAUGUGCGAGGGCCAGAUCGCCAACCCGAACCCGAUCGGUCGCAACAUGCUCAUCAGCGCCUGCUCCAGGGUGUCCAUGCACAGCAACCCCGCCACCUCUGGCUUUCCCCCGGCCAACUGCAUCAUCGGUGCUCAAGAGAAUGCCGCCGCCUCUGUGGGAGCCCACCCGCCACACGGCGUGGCUAUUAUGACCCACUUGCCUUCCAACCACACAGAUCUCAAGCAGCAGCAGCACCACCACCACCACCACCACCUGCAGCAGCAUCUGCAUCAACAACAGGAUCAGCAGCAGCAGCAACAUAACACACAGCACCAGAAGAUGCGCUCUUGGAAUCAGCACCAGUUGGGUCACUUACCCCUCAUUCAGAACGGUGGGAGCCACCUCUGCAUGCAGCCUUCCAGGGACCACGCCUUCCAUUUUAAGGGCAUGGGCUACCCUGCAGAGGUGUGUGUGGGUCAGCCUUACACACUGAAACCUCCCGUAGAGAGGCCCACCCCCUCCCCUCCUGUCAACAACUGCAUGCCCGGCCCCAUGGCCCACUACGCCAAUGGCCACUACUUCCAGUCCCACUUUUGGAACAACAGCAUCCUACCCACACCCAACAGUGACAGCUCCGGGUCUCAGGACAUACCCAUGCCAUUCCACGGUGCAGGCCCAGGGGGGUGCACCACACUAGACUGCGGGCCCCCUGUGGCCCCCCAUUACAGGCUAGGAUCGAGCUCCUCCACCUCGUCCUCCUCGGCCCAGAGUAAUCUGAUGCAAACGGCGGAUUACUUUGCUGGGGACUUCCAGACUCCCUACUUCCGCGAUCAGAAUAUAGGGUUGGUGAGCAAGAUGCACAGGCCUCCUCUGAGCAGGGUCGGUGCAGAGGUGGGGGACGGCAGAACCGCUCUCACCCAGCACCCAGGGUACAGAUAAGCUAUGGCCUUGUCUACACGAGUUCUCAAAACCCGUUUGUUUAGUCUUAGGGAAACACAGAAAUACAACUAAAUGGAUAACUUAAACAAAACACCUAAUGUUGAAGAGGGUCAAUUAAUAUAUUAAAGAGCGGUAGUUUUUUUGCGGUUGUUUUUUAUAAAUCUUGCAAGUGAUCAAUUGCUACCCUUUUUUAAAUUAGUGCGUUUAUCUGGCACUUUAGGGAAUUUGUUAAUGUGCGUGUGUAAACACAUCUGUACUGUGUCAUUCCCUCCUCUCUCUGUGGGACUGGAUCAGAACAGAUCCUGUGUUAUUCCUGCUGCAGAUCCAUCCAUAAUCUUUUCUUAUGCAUGUAAGGAAAAACAUCCCAAAAACAACAUCUAGUGCUGGAUGUCUUUUUUUUGUUUUUUUUACAGGGUCAUGUCAGGAACAUUUGGCUCAGACUAGUUGUGGGAUUUUCUUAUUGGUGGAAACUCUCCAACCUCAUAGUAACUGCAGGUUUUAACCGACAGAAAAGAAAAAUAAUAAUUACGGCGCAAAGCCACCAGAUAGUGGAGACUACAGAGUACAGUUAGAAAAACCUGCGGUAUGCACAUGUACACAUUUGUUCCAUUGAAAUGUAAUUAUUUAUUUGUAUCAUAGGACUAUUCAAGAUUGAUUCCUCUGUCAGUUAAGGAAGCAUGUAAUCAGGUUGUUUUGUACAUAGUCAUGAUCCAGCAGGGAGCAAGUAGGUUGUAAAGGCGAUGCUUUGUCCUGCUGAAAAUGCUGCAAUUAAUUCAGGUGUUUUAAAAGAAGAAAAAAAACGUCUCUGUCAAGGUUUGGCAAAAAAGCUAGUGAAAUGAUAGGCGCAGAAUAGGUCUUGAAAGAUCAACUGUCAUACUUUAAAAUGGCCAAAGUCGUGUUAACGAGGACACACUGUUAUGAAGAUGUGCCAUUUUGUGUUUGUUUCCGAUGUAACCAUCGUUUUUUUGUAACCAUCACAAAUGUAUUACUUGAAUGUUGAGAUGUUUUGUUUUGCAGUUAUUGAAGGGGACAGGUGGGUUACGAGGAAAAAACUCGAAGAAAUGAUCGUGCUUCUAACGUCACGCAGAACGGAACAACGAGCCUCAACAGAGUUUUUAUCCUGACCACAGGAACUUAAAUUAUAUGUAGUUGCUACUGAUUCUGAGGUGAAGACCAAAUUGAUCACUUGCAAGAUCACUUGAAGGUAAACAAAACUGACUUUUGAAUUUCAAGUGAAACAGCAAAUGCAUUGUUUAUUUUAUUGUACACUGGCUUAUCUACUCGUAACUUUAAACGUUAACGAUUGUGUGAGUGUUGCCUGCUGAAGUGGGUAGAUUUAAGGGUGGGUGUGUGUGCGCGUGCGGGUGUGUGAGAGUGCGGGUGUGAAUGAACACAUUGGCGCCCAUGUUUUGUUCACCUAACUCCCUAACAGCCCUUAAAAAGCCUUAAGUGUUUGGUCCUUGGACUUCCCUUGAAAAAGAGCAUGGUUUAAAUGAAAACCCCAAAUAAUGAAAGGAUGGUGAGUAAGCAGAAACAGCAAUUCUUUUUUGUUUAUUUUAUUGAGGUUUUGAUGAAUAGAGCCGUUCCUUAUGGAAAGCAAAAGGAGUAAUAUUUUGUAAUUAUAUAUUUUAGUAAUGUGUAGUUACAGUAACAUUUCUUUUUUUUUUUCUCAAAGCUUCAGUUUGCAGUUGUGACUAUUUAUAAUACUUGAUUUGCUUGUUAUUUAAUUUGUGUUUCCUUUGGUUUCUUGUACUAUUGCUGUGAAAUGGAAGAAGGUCCACGAGCCUUUCUUUUGUGUCAUUCUGUACAACAGAGAAGGGGCAAGAGCGUGAGAGUUGUGCUACUCUUUUUGUAAUAUUGUAAUAAUAAAAUAAAGUUCUAAUUUAUGCUUUGAAA